ACGUCAAAUACCCAAGACGUGCCCCCCGAGAGUUUCGUAGCAAAGCUUCCCAAACGUUCAACAACGCAUCCCUUCCUCUCAGCUACAAAAUCAAAGCUUCUCUUGCUUGGUACCAGGACUUGUGAGCUUCUUGGACUUCUCUAUUUUACAAUUGAGUGUCGUCGCGGUCUUGGUAGUGAGCUUCAAAAAGGCAGCUUGAAAUCGCGUCACGGCCAUUCAAUUUAUGUACUUCAACCCCCCCGCCCGCUGGCAUACAACAUAAAAGCGCGCCGCAUUUCGACGCCUCUCCGCCUCAGCACACACAUCAAAACAUAUCAGUCCUCCCCGUUCACUUGGAGGAUUGCCAAUUGCACGCUCGGAAUCUUUCUAUUAUAUAUAAUUCGAGCUUUCUUUCUGUCCCGUGAAUACUCGCCACGCGUCAAGAUGAGCACAGCACAACAGCCGGUCCCCUCAUCACCAUCAAAGAGGCGCGUCCUCGGCGAUCUUGAUGUUAACAUCUCUUCACCCAAGAGGCCAAACACGCUCAAGACCGUUGCCUCUUCUGCCAAGCCAGACUCUUCGCUCCUCUCUGAGGAGACCAGGAAACGUAGGUUUGGUGUCAUGGCGGGCAACGCGACGACGGAGCAUGAGCAGCUCAAGAGGACAUGUUUGGACUCGACUGCUGCGACUGAGGAGAACUACCCUGCACAACUUCAACAGCAGCAACACGCCCCUGACGAGUCCGACAGCCAGCAAGCAGCCGCGUCACCUGCGGCAUCUUCCAUCUUUGACACAUCGGCCCACGACACAACAAUGACAACCACCGUUACAGAACCAGACACAGAUGCCCCAAGCAUUUUGAGAUCGGUUGCGGCAGCAGCCUCAAGUCGCAUCCCUAGCCGUGCCGAGCUUACCAGACAGACCGCUGAGACUCUCAGGCUCAGGCUCAGGCUGGCGGCUUACAAGCUCAAGACUGGCCAGGCCGAUGUUCCGCUGGAACAGCUGCAGAUGCGGCCAGUAUCGCGCAGCGACAGACCGAUGACGUCGGCGUCCAACACGGAUGCCGAGCCGAGGUUUCUCGCGUCGUCGCUGCCGCUGUCGUCUGUCACCACUACCGUAGCUGGUCGUAGGAUAUACGAGCCAGUACACCACGCGCCGCGCAGGCCGCCGACUGCAGACUGCAGCGACGACUCCGAAGACGAGUACGGCGGCGCGGCGGCCCUGGCCUCGUCUUGGAGGGCGUCGGCACGGCCUCUGGCCGUUUCUGGUGGAUUGCGGUUGUCGCCUCCGUCGAGGUCGAUAUUACCUGCGGCCGCGAGGAUGCGGCCCGACGACGAGGAUAACCUGACGGGUGGUGCAGCUUCGGGGUUGCUGGAGCUGAGAAACUCUAGUCAAUAGAGCUUUGGUAAUUUUUAUUUUAUAAUUUGGUUACUUUUUUCUUCUUCUUUCGGUAUAGCUGUCUUUCUGUACCGGGCAUAUUUAUAAGGGAUAAAUGUUAUAGGAUUAUGGGUGGCAUUGCAUUGCCUGGCGUCUUUUGGGAAUGGGUGUACUUGUACAGAGCCAUGAUUGAGGGGAUAUGGGGCAAGACUCUUAAAAUGCGUGAGCAUCUUCAAUACAUUCCGAUUUUCUGGCCUCA